GAACCCGAGGCAGAGGCUCCGUGGGGGCUUUGACGAGGAAGUAUUAGGCAGUGACUACGCGGGGACUGGAGCCAAGGGUCAGUGACUCGGAGGAGACUGAGCGAUGGGUAGUGACCGUGUGGGGCCUCUCUCCUAAGGGACCAUGAAACAGCAGCAGCCGGAGACUGACCAAGGAGCAAUGACUUUGAGGAGAAGAAUGAGUUAAAAGAAGAUGGAUGCACAGAAUUCAGCCAAAGUCAACCCAAGGAAAAGGAGGAAAGAGGCACCUGGACCCAAUGGGGCAACAGAAGAAGAUGGAAUUCCUUCAAAAAUGCCACGCUGUGCAAUUGGCUUACGGCAGCCAGCUCCUUUUUCUGAUGAAAUUGAAAUAGACUUUAGUAAACCCUAUGUCAGGGUAACUAUGGAAGAAGCCAGCAGAGGAACUCCCUGUGAGCGGCCUGUGAGAGUAUAUGCAGACGGUAUAUUUGACUUAUUUCAUUCUGGUCAUGCCCGGGCUCUGAUGCAAGCAAAGAACCUUUUCCCCAAUACAUAUCUCAUUGUGGGAGUUUGCAGUGACGAGCUAACACACAACCUCAAAGGCUUCACAGUGAUGAAUGAAAACGAGCGCUAUGAUGCAGUGCAGCACUGCCGCUAUGUGGAUGAGGUGGUGAGGAAUGCCCCCUGGACCCUGACUCCAGAGUUCCUGGCAGAACACCGGAUUGAUUUUGUAGCCCAUGAUGACAUCCCUUAUUCUUCUGCUGGGAGUGAUGAUGUUUAUAAACACAUCAAAGAAGCAGGCAUGUUUGCUCCAACACAGAGGACAGAGGGUAUCUCUACAUCAGACAUCAUCACCCGAAUUGUCCGGGACUAUGAUGUGUACGCCAGACGGAACCUACAGAGGGGCUACACAGCAAAAGAGCUCAAUGUCAGCUUUAUCAAUGAGAAGAAAUACCACUUGCAGGAACGGGUUGAUAAAGUAAAGAAAAAAGUGAAAGAUGUGGAAGAAAAAUCAAAAGAAUUUGUUCAGAAAGUAGAAGAAAAAAGCAUUGACCUCAUUCAGAAAUGGGAGGAGAAAUCCCGAGAAUUCAUUGGAAGUUUCCUGGAAAUGUUUGGCCCUGAAGGAGCACUGAAACAUAUGCUGAAAGAGGGGAAAGGUCGGAUGCUACAGGCCAUCAGUCCAAAGCAGAGUCCCAGCAGCAGCCCUACUCGUGAACGCUCCCCAUCCCCUUCCUUCCGGUGGCCCUUCUCUGGCAAGACUUCCCCACCUGCCUCCCCUGCAAACCUCUCCAGGCACAAGGCUGCAGCCUAUGAUAUCAGUGAGGAUGAAGAAGACUAAUCUUUCAUUCCUUUUGUUCUCUCCUCUCCUCUCCCUCUGUCCCAUCAACUUCAGAAGCUCUGUUGAAUUCCAAAUUGUGAUCCUAACACUAAACCUAAGAACAGCUACAAAGGAAAGACAAUUGGGGCAAGAGGACCUAGGAUGGGGAGACGAGACAGUCUUAUCCUCAAAGAGAUAUCACCCACCCACACCAAGAAGGAGGGUGACUAUACUUAGAAGCCUGUUCUGCAUCCAUAUACCUUCCCCACAGACUUUGCUUUACUGUUUAUGUUCAUGUGAUUUUGACAGGGAAAUUAUUAUUUUUAUUAAUUUUUUCAAAAAAUUAGUCUUUCAAAUGUAGUAAGUAGAACUAAUUUUUUUGCCCCUGAGGAGUGGGCAGAAGGAAGUGAUAUAAUACCCAAAGGCCUUUUCUUCCUGAUACACUAUAUUGUUUGCCUUCUGUUCUGAGGCAGACUGGCUUGCCAAGUCCUUCAACAGUGAGCCGUGCUGAUGGGUGAUUUGGGGGGAAAUAUACUUUUGGUUUCCUUUUAAAAAAAACAACUGAAUUACAGUUACAAAUCCCCUAAUUGUACUGCUGGCCAUGUGUCACUGUGGCUGUGAGAAGGAGAUCUGAGCCUAACUUUUCUUACUCCCUGAGGAGUUUCUUGUUGGACCCAAUGGGGUUCUAAAGACACUGAUGGGGAUGGAACCAGAUCACAUGGCAUCAACUGCAGGUUUUCUGCUGUGUUCAUCUUCUCAGAAAACUGUUGCCCAGUUAUUUGGGAGAUCUUUUCAAUAUCUUUCCUGCAAUCUACCUUUAACAGAAGGAACAUUUUCAUGAUUACUGUGAUUGAGGAGGGGAGUGGAACAAUAAUCAUACAAAGUCAGUUUAGAUUCAUUUUCCUGCUGGGAGUAAAUCUCUGGAUCUGCUGUUUCUAUUUGAAUGCCUAUUGCCUAGCUUCUUACGAGGGUCCUUGUGAAUGUUUGCAGUUGGAAACAUAAUCUGUUGAUCCAUGUUGCUUAUAGGCAUAUUGAAUAUUUAGAGAGACUUGCACAGAACACUGACUCAAAACCAUAAGGAAAUCCCCUGCUCAGAAGCCUUAUUUUGACCUCUGUCCUAUUAAGAAUGUUCUUGACUGGAAUCAGUGCUCCAUGGGUGCUUCUUUUCCUCUGAGAGUUUCAGUUGGCAGGGACUUCCCUCCACUGUUCUCUAGGAACCACAAAGUUUAAGUUCACAUACAAGAUUUCAGUAGGUUCUCUCCCUCUCCACAUGUGUCUGGUGGUUCUGGUUCCACCUCCCCUGUUAGGUUGCCCCAGGGGAUUCACCACUUAAAUCUCAUAUCAGAGAACGCAGACUCUUAACACUUGCUGUUGAGCGUGAGCUUACUGUAAACCUCCAGCCUCCUCCAGCUACACCUAGCAGAUCAUCAUCAACCAGUUACCCUGUUGUUGGUCAGGGGAAAAUGGCUUAUGUACAGGCCCCACCUUGUCACUCAUGAAUGCCCCUUGUGGGGGUGGAGUUUUAUUGUUUUCAGCUAAGAAAACCACAUCUUUUCACAUCCCUCAGCUAGGCCUGUGAACACUCAUAGUUUCCUCCCUAAACACUUAAUGGUAAAGCCUCCUCUGCCUGAGGGUCAGAGGCUAGAGAGAACACUGCCAGGCUUACCCAGGCUCUUAAAACUGAGAUGCCCCAGAAAGGCAGAGCAUGAGAGGAAGGGUGAAACCUCUUUUCCUGGUGGCCUAUGAACUACAUUUCUAACUUCAUGAAGUGCUAUUUUCACUAUCAAGUCUGGUUUACAUGAGGUUUGUCUUGAAAUCCAUUUUUGGGAACAGUUGAAUUUAAUGCUCUCCCACAUUACCCAGCUUCAUAUGAUCACAUAUUUUAACUUUUUUGCCUCGGUUUCUUUUCUGGGAAUUCUGCCUGUUUCUCUCUGGUAUAUAGAGAGAAUGAAAUUGUCUGGUAUACAGAGGCAAUGAAAUAAUCGGUGAAGCCCUCCUUUUGUUCCCUCAAAGUACACAUGCUAUCCAGGUGUAGCUGGAAAGAGAGAUGUCUAGAAUAUGGUUUUCCUCCCUGUAGUCACUCCUCUCUAAUAAUAUGAUGUCUGGGUUCUCCUCUGCUCUGUCUGUGAGCUUCUUUGGGCAUACUCUGCCCUUGAGAACAUGACCUCGGAGCUGGUGAGCUCUGAGACUUCUAGGACUAAUACAUGUACAUGCGCUUGGAAAAAAAUCCCUUGACCUUUUUGGUGAGCCUGUAUUGCCUCAAUAUUCAAACACUAGUAUAUUUUGACUAGUAUAAUUUUGACUGAAAGCAAGAAUAUUUAUGGUGUGAUACAUUAGAAACUUUGGAAUAAAUGUGAUCCUAGGUGCUAGACAAGAAUGGGUAAAUGGAAGAAGCUGUUGGGAUUAGUUAUUUUAUCAUUUAUGUCUAAUUAAAUAAGAUUAGAGGUUCGUAUAAAUAUGAUCAUGUGAUCUGUUAAUCUGCUAAUGUUAAUAUUUGAGGCAGUGGAGCUGAAUCCCACACAAAGCAUCAGCCUGAAUAGGCCAAACAUGGAAGAACCUUAAAAAUUUACUGACCUUAGAGCCUCUGUCUGCAGGAUACAUGGAGAAAGGAGACAAGCCCCAUAACUGGUGCUGAGAAGAUGCCAUUUUAACAAUUAUCUUGAGAAGGACUGAACAGAAAGUUGGCUCUUUUCAUGUGCUAGACUCAGUUGCACUGGAAACUAGGUAGAAGGAGAUACAUGGAUCAUUUGUACUGCUGCAGCCACUGCUUCUGAUGGCCAGAGUCAAAAGCCAUUAUUUUGCCUAGACUUAGGGAGGUGAGGAAGUUGAAAAUUCCAGAGAGAACUUUUGAUCUUUUGUGACCUCCCUAGGCAGCACCUGAAUUACACUUUUUUUUUUUAAUCUUACUUGUGAACAUAUAAUUAGCUGGUAAAGCUAUUUCUAGAUAUUCACUCCACAGUGGUUGGUCAAAGUGCUUUUGUUACUUACUGGGUUAUUUUGAUUUGGUGGUAACUUUUGUUUUGCCAGAACUCAUUGCCUUUUUAAUCCUAUUGCUGAUAUGCCUAUAUGUAAAAUCUUUGCAAAUCAAUUAUAUUUUGCUACUUUUAUUCCCUUCAAGCCAUGGGUUCUAAAUUUUCUGUCAGCAUACACUCCCCCGCCAGAAGUUGAACAAAUACAACUAGGAAAAAAGCUUCCUUAACAAUGUUUUUAACUAAUAGUAUUUUUUUUAACUUACCAGUGUAAGUAUUUCUAAAGGUUAUAUUUUUCAAAAUCAUACAAUGAUUGCUCUUGUUUUCUUUCAUAGAAUAGAUUGUUAUGGGAUAAAGAGUAGUCCCUAGCUUCUAUUUUUCCAAAUAAUUAGAAUAUGUUCUUGGGAUCAUAAUAGUAAAUGUUAAUUUUCUUUAAAAGAAAGAUUUUUCUCUCUGCCAAAGUUUUAUGUUAGUACUCAGAUUGGGGCAGAAAACUAAAGUGCCAGGUUUAACUUUAGGAUAUCUCAGGUUGUUUUCCUUUAGGUUUGAAAUGCACUUCCCCCUCAUCCCCUUUUUUGGGAGGCACUGACUGAAAUACAGAGACUUGGUUGUUUGGGGUUUGUAUUGUUUUGUAUUGAGGAAGGGGGGAGGGGGAAGUACAGGAAGGAGACUCUGGCUUCUGGCUUUAGCAUAAAAUGUUAGCCAUAUCACCAGUGCCCGCAUUCAAGGGGCAUUUUCCUCAAUUGGUGUUCAGUAUAUCAUUUUCCCAUCUGAGUUAUUAACUUUUCAGUUUUAAUUUUGGCUUUUGUCAUUUAGCCAAAUAAAAACAAAGUGGCUCUA